AUGUCUUCCCCUUUGGUAUUGAAAUUACAAUUUACUGCAAACUGUGAAACUGCUACAAAAGGGAUAUUUUAUCAUCUGCAUGUCGCAAGAGUUAGUAAUACAGAGGGUCAUGUGGGUAUAGCUAAAGUCAACCCUCAAGUACUGGAAGUCCAAAUCCAAUCGAAUACAACUCCAGCUCAAACACACAGAGAAACUUCUGCGUUGACAACGAUCACUCAACCAAAUCAAAGAUUACCUAACACACGAAACAAAACUUUGACUUUAGCUGCAAUUAACCAGCCUAAACCAAAAUCAAUUGCAAUCUGGAAAGAAAUUAAAUAG